UUGAUUGAUGGUCUUUGUUUUAGGGGCAUAUAUGUAAGCUGCAAAAGGCUUCAAAGAUCUCACAAAUUUUUUCCUUGAAUUUUCAAAAAUCCUAAACCACUUUCACAGAGAACAAGAUUCAAGCACUUGACCUGAGCUUCUCCUUUCUUAGCAUCCACUUCUUCUUCUUCCAGGUGGGUCUUUGAUCGUCCCAAAGAUGAAUGAUCUUAUGACGAAGUCAUUUCUCAGUUACGUGGACCUGAAGAAACAGGCCAUGAAAGACCUGGAUGCUGAGCCAGAUAUCGAGAUGGGAAAACUUAACCCUGCUGAUGAACAGAACCUCUCACAGUUUUUCGAAGAAGUGGCUGGAAUCAAGGCUGACAUGGAAGAGAUCACCAAUCUUCUUCUCAACCUUCAGGACCUGAAUGAAGAGACCAAGUCUGCUCACAGUGCUAAAGUUCUUCGUGGGCUAAGGGAUAGGAUUAACUCAGACAUGGUCUCCAUUCUCCGGAAAGCGAAAAAUAUUAAAGCAAGAUUGGAGUCGCUUGAUCGGUCUAAUAUUGUUAAUCGAAAGUUAUCUGAGGAAUACAAAGAAGGAAGUCCGGUUGAUCGAACGAGGAUUUCGGUGACCAAUGGUUUGAGGCUUAAAUUGAGGGAUAUGAUGAAUGAUUUUCAGUCUUUGAGAGAACAGAUUGUUAAAGAUCACAAAGAAGGUCUGAAGAGGAGGUAUUAUGCAGCCACCGGAGAGGAACCCAGCGAGGAAGAUAUUCAGAAGAUGAUUUUGGGAGGUGGGCAGGUCAAUGUUUUUGAAGGGAGGGAAGAUUUGAUAACAGAGAAUAAGGAACGGCAUGAGGCGUUGAAGGAUAUACAGAGGAGCUUGACAGAGCUCCAUCAAGUUUUUCUAGACAUGGCUGUGUUGGUGGAAACACAAGGAGAAAAGAUUAAUGAUAUUGAGGAGAAUGUGGCUAGCGCUGGGGCUUACAUAAAUGGUGGAACCAAUGGACUCUUACAUGCUAAUCAGAUGAAGAAGAGGAGAGGAAAAUGGCUUUGUUGGAUAGCUGGUUUGGUGCUGCUUCUGUUGUUGAUAUGCCUUAUUUCCAUCUUAGCUUCUUGAAGUAUCUGAGUUCAUAGCUGAGGCUUUGAUUGCUGCUAUAAAAUUGGGAAGGCUUGGUUUGUUAGACUGGAGCUUUUUUCAUGGAGAAGUUUCAUACUGGCUGUUGGAUUUCGAAUGUAAUUGGGAGGGUAAUCUGUGAUGAUAUCUCUUCAUCUUCAACUGUUUGGUUCUUUGUAAUUCAAUUUCUGUGAACAGAGUUUUUCUAUUGAGCUUUCUAAGAUUGUUACUUUGCGUUCCUUCCCCUCUCCUGUCUUUUGCUAUAAUGGAAAGCACCUUUUGAAUCUGCUAGAGUAAUGCAAAUCGACACCCCUCUAUUAGAGUUUGAUAUUUUACUUGUCUCCCUUGUUUCUGUAUGAGCAACUUUUGACUGUUAGAUCAAUUUAGUCUGUUGCUAUGAUUAUUUAGAUAAAGCUUUAAAACAUAUUGAACUUUGAUGGCAGAAGCAGCGAGGGCCAU